AUGUGGAUGAUAAUCAAAAUUGGAAUUACACUCCCACUCGACGGCACGGGAAACCCAGUUUCAUGUGAGAACCGAGAUUCAAUAAUAAUAAAGAAGGUCGAAGCCAACGCCAAAGAAACGUGCACUCUUCAAUGUGGACUGACAAAGGAAGAGUUAAAUCGAGUCGGCCCGUUCUCAAGCGUAAAAGAGCGGUGGAAAAAAUUGAUCGAGCUGCAUAAGGGCACUUCUGAUACAAAGGAAAGUGAGUCAGUGAACCAACUUCAUGCUCGUAUACAAGACCUCAACGACCUCCACACCAUUGGACAGAAGGUGGAAAACCACGACAUAAUCAGACUAAUGCACGCUCAGCCAAGAAGGGCAUUGCCUUGA